AAUACUCCUCAACACGUUAGGGAUAUCUCUGCCCUUUUCUUCGUUGUGCAGAGCUAUUCAAUAUCCAAGCGACCAAAGAAGAAGACGCAGCUCAGAAGUUCCAUCGAGAAUACGAGAAACGGAUUCUGUUUGAUUCUUCGGAAUCACAUAUAUUCCUCCAACAGGUGUGAUAGUAGAUAUGUCUGUUCCAUUGACACCUUCUAAAAGACCACAUGACCGGAACCUUACAGAGCCGAAUGGAAAAGGAAAGUGGCAGAAGGUACAGAAUCAACCCGUGAAAUCCUCUCUUGGAAGUGCUGUCUUCCGUUUGUUAUGUCCUGCUUUCAAAACCGGUGGCGUUAUUGGAAAGGGGGGCACCAUCAUAUCUGAAAUUCGACAACAAACUGGGGCAAAGGUCAGAGUUGAGGAUACUGUACCUGGUUGUGACGAGAGGGUAGUUUUUAUCUCAGGUUCUGAUAAAGAGACUGAGGUGGCUACCGACCUGAGCCAGGAGGAUGGUAGUGAAGAGACAAACAAGGAUAAAGAGAAAAAUGAUGAAAUGGAACAGAGUCAGAACAAUGAAGAUAAAGAGUCUGAUACUGUGGGAGAUUCUAAAUCUGAUAAGGGAACUUCAUCUGUGCAAAAGGCCCUUUUACUUGUUUUUGAGAGAAUAAUAGAAGGAGAAGCAGAGGCAGGUGGAGGGGAGGAAGACACUCAAGACAGCAGUAAGUCUUCAAUUGUUUUGAGGUUACUUGUGUUUUCCAGUCAAGUAGGCUGCCUUUUGGGAAAGGGUGGCAGUGUAAUCAAGCAGAUGUCAUCUGAAAGCGGGGCACAAAUACGGAUCCUUCCCAGAGACAAACUUCCUCUGUGUGCAUCAGUUACUGAUGAAUUAGUUCAGAUAAGUGGGGAAGCUGAUGCAGUUAGGAAAGCUCUCCAAUCUGUUUCUCAGCAGCUUUUGGAGAAUCCGCCUAAGGAUCAUGACCCUUCCCCUGUCAGCUCUUCAGGGCCUCCAGCACAUUCAUUUGGCCAUCCACCUCCAAGGCCUGAUGUACAUCCACCACCUAACCGAUCUUUUGCUUCUGGACCACGUGAUGUUUCUGACUAUCAUUCUGCUGUUCCCCCCCUGUUUGCUAAAUAUCAUGAAAGUGGCAUCGCUGGUCGAAUGAAGCCUUCACUGGAUAUGCUAACCUUCCGAUUAAUGUGCCAUAAUGAAAGAGUAGGAGGUGUGAUUGGAAAGGGAGGAGCAAUAAUAAAGACACUUAAGCAGGAGACAGGGUGUGAGAUCAAAGUAAUGGAAGCUGUAUCUAAUUCAGAGGAUCGUGUUAUUGUCAUAUCUGGUCCAGUGCACCCGGAUGAUAGGAUAUCAGCCGUGCAAGAUGCUGUUCUUCGUGUUCAGACAAGAAUAGUGAGGGCUAUUCCAGAUGAUAAGGAUCAGGGUGUCUUGGCGAGGCUUCUUGUUUCCUCAAAUCAAAUUGGCUGUCUCCUUGGCAAGGGCGGUUCCAUCAUUGCCGAAAUGAGGAAGUUAACCCGGGCACAUAUUCGCAUAUUAGGGAAGGAACAUAUUCCAAAGUGUGCCUCAGAAGAUGAAGAAGUAGUCCAGAUAAAUGGAGAAUUUGAAGCAGUUCAAGAGGCUCUUUUGCAAAUAACAACGAGGUUGCGCCAUCAUUUUUUUCGUGAUGCCUUUCCAUCUAUUAAUUAUUCUUCAAAUCCUGCAUUUGUGGAUCAAGUGUCUCCUUUCCCUUCAUAUAUGGGAAGGAGGGAACUCUCGCCUCCAGGAAUGUAUUCUAAUCUAGGCCCAUCAUUCCACAAGUUUGAUGCUGUUGGUGGUGCACCUCCACAUGGUGGUUUUCAUCUCCAUGAUGAUCGUUCUCCCUUCAUGCACAAUAUGCAUCGGCUUGGUGGCCCCCCUUAUAUAUCUGAACGAAAGCCAUGGGGUCCUCAGGGACUAAAUGAAGGUGGUGGCCCCAUGGGCUUGCCAGAAUUUGCUGGAGCGCCGCAAAAAAGAUUUAUGGGAUUUGGCGGAGGAAGCCAACCAGCUAUUAUAACAAGCACCACUCUUGAAGUUGUUGUUCCUAGUUCUCUUGUUCCAACAAUUUAUGGAGAAGACGGUGAAUGCUUGAAGCAAAUUCGUCAGAUAUCUGAUGCCAAAAUUACAAUUACGGAUCCAAAGCCCGGAGCAGUGGAAACCAUGAUUAUAAUCUCUGGAACACCUGAACAAACCCAUGCAGCACAGAGUCUUAUUCAAGCAUUUGUAAUGAGUGAGACUGAGACCAGUUGAUCUCUUCAUUCAGUUAGAGGAUCUUGAAGAUUGAAGAUAGCCGGAGUUCUAAUAUAGCUGUUCUGUACAUGGUACCUUUUAUUUGAUUUUUUCUUUUAUGAUUCCGGAUGGAUCCAUUACAAUAUGGUUACUGAUUGCAAGUAUAUGUGCUGAGGGAACCAAGGUCAUGAUUAUCUGGCAAAUGUAAAAGCAAACAUGCAGCAGCAAAGUGAACAUGUAAUCUUUGGAAGAUACGGUACUCCUUUUUGCAAGUGAAGAUAUGCUAGUUUGUAGCAAAAUUCUUCAGCUUUUGGAAUGUAUUAUUCUUGAACUGCAUGAAAUUUUCUCUCGACCGUGUGGAUUAGUAGAUUCAUGUGAACUCUGAUGAGCUAUGUAGGCUAGUUUCUAGUGGAAUCAAUGAAUAUUAAUCUUUUCAUCGUU